UGUAGUCACACACACUCUGCAACUCAAAAAAAAAAAAAAAAUGGAUGGGCCCUCCAAUUUAAGAACCCUCCCUCCUCUCCAAGUUUUCUCCACCGUAACCCCGCCACAGUCGUCUUCUUCCUUCAGCUCCAUGACCAAGCUCAAAACCCUAAUCCGCACCCUCAUCAUCUCCCACGUCUGCCGUGCUAUUCGGUACCUCAACAAAGCCAAAUCCAAAACCAUAUCCUUCUUCGUUCUUGUCGUCAAGGUCAGCCAGCCAAUGCAACUUAUUUACCCUACAAAGAAUAGCAAGAACAAGAAGAAGAACAAGAUCUUCUUCGGCUCAUUCCGCUUGCACUACAACUGGUGCUCCUCCACCCAUGUCCUACCGGUGCCGGCUCGCGUCUACGAUGGUCUCACCUCCACAAGCCAUUUGUACUACGACUCGAAUUGGAACUCAAUAGUUUCAACCGAGGAGCAAUGUGGCGGUCAUGGGCAUCAGGUUAGCGGCGAGUCGCAGCUUUCGGGGUAUCUUCAAUGGCUUGAGGAGAACAAGGUGAAUGAAAAAUCCAUGGAGACUGAGACGGAUGAAAAUGAGAUCGAUAAGCUGGCCGAUUUGUUCAUCGCGAGCUGUCACGAGAAGUUCAUGUUGGAGAAGCAGGAGUCUUACAGGAGAUUCCAGGAAAUGCUUGCCAGAAGCGCUUGAUCGAGAUCCAACGAUUAGUUGUUCAGUGUCUGUGUGGGAUCAAAUUUCUCUUUACCUUUCUCAUUCUUCUAUGAAAACAUGUUUCGAGACUUCGAGUGAGGAAAGUGUACUGAUUGGUUGGAUUGAGUAAUUCUUUUCUCUUUUGUUUCUUCUUUAGUUGUGUAGUUACUUGAUUAGCUUGUGUCUUUUUGAAAAUGGUGGGGUGUGGAGAAAUAUUGUACAUGAUGAUGAAGGGUACUUUCUGGGUAUUUGUGGAAUUUUUCUAUUUUCAAAUGGUGAUGGACAUUGUUAAUGUGUUCU